AUGGAGCCAACUGUGAACCCUACAGCUGUAGACCGUACUGCGUCUACUACUACAGCCAAUACGGCUGCGAUUCAAGGACAAGCCUGUGAUGUGCCGCGUAAUGAUUCUUCAGCGGCUUCGGGGAGUUCACUCUCAGAUGUUACGAAUAGCAUCGCCAGUGUCGCGGGGAAUUCGAUUAGCGAGGCUAAAAACAAGCUCGCGACUGUCGCCUCCGAUGAAUCGGUUCAGAGUGUGUGGGAGCAGGUUCGCUCGAUGGCUACCGGAAGAAAUGAUGAGACUCAAGUCGAUACCUCACCCAGUCAGAACGAGAUCGACCUUAUCGAUAACAUGGACAACGAGAAGAUUGCCGAGUUCCUCCGAGAAAAGAAUAGAAGCGAUGCUCGCCUACCAAAGAGAAGAUAG